CUAGAAAAUUUUGGCGGGCAAAUUCGUGAAUUUCAAAUAAAGACCAAACCCUAGCGUCCCUCUCGUUUCUCUCUCUUCCUCUCUCUCUUUCUCUCUCUACCAGCUCUCUCUCUCUCUCUCUCUCUUCUCUCAAAUUUUCUCUGUGAUUUUCUCCAGGGUUUCGCCUCGAAAUCCAUGCUGUUAUGAGAGAAAUGAAUUGAAGAUCGCUGUGGAGAUUCUUUCUCCAUUUAUUAUGUUUAAUUUAAUUGGUAGUUGAUUAAAUUCAAAAUUGAAGAUUUUUGGAAUUAAAGAACAAAAUGGGCAAAGUUUCCCCAAAAGAAAGGGAAUCGAAGAAUUCUAAACAUAAAAAGCGGUUACGGGGUUCGAGCAACAAGUAUUUGAAGCCAGGUACUCUUGCUCAGCUUCGGUACAGCAAGGCUUCGGCGGCCAGGUCUUGUACCGAUCUUGGGAGGAAAAGGGUGGCUGUGUUGGAUACCAAGAAGUCGGAGAGUAAUCUGGCUCUUGAAGAUAGUGUUAUUGAUAGAAGUCCUCUAAUGCUGUCUCCUGGGAAUUUGGUUAGGGAGAGCAGUUUACUAGGAACACCCAAGGUUAUCGAUAAAAGCCCUUUAAUGCUGUCCCCGGUGAAUUUGAUUAAGCAGGGCAGUUUCUUUGGAACGCCAAAGGUUAUCGAUAAAAGCCCUUUAAUGCUGUCUCCCGCGAAUUUCGUUAGGCAGAACAGUUUCCUAGGAACACCCAAGACACCUCGAGUUGAAGAUUGCAUGUCUGAGUCACGACUGGAGUCACUUCCAAUGGAUUUGCUGGUUAAAAUACUUUGCCACUUGCACCAUGACCAACUGAGGGCUGUUUUUCAUGUUUCUCAAAGAAUUAGAAAAGCUGUUGUGAUUGCAAGACAAUUCCACUUUAAUUAUACUACUCCUGAUCGUUCUCGACAGGAGAUGUUAAGAACAGUAACCCCACAGCCAACAGAACACUGGCCUUUUGUUAGCAAGGGAGAUGGGAAGGGUAUUUGGAUGCCAAGCCCACAUACCCCAAAAGCACCCAGGCAUGGUCCUCGGCCACCUUCUCGUCUCAAAUUCUCUGAGAUGAGGCAGGUUGCAGCUGUUCUAUUCCCUGAAUCAGCUUUUCCUUCGAGAUGCAUGGUGCCGUCUGCAUUGCCAAAGCCUUUAUGCAAAUCCUUGGCUUCUAAUCGAGUUCUAUUCUAUGAGGAUGAGUUAUGCCAGGCUGUUGCUCAAAACAAACUCCGUUGAUUUCAUUCUGGUUUCUUAUUGCCUCAUGUUCCUCUGUAUAUAGUUUGUUUUGAUUCUCUAUAGGUGGUCAUAGUCAGGGUAGGGAUUAUGCAAUUUUGUAGUUUUGUUGGGGCAGUUUUAGGUGAUAUGAAACUUAAGAUUUGUGUUAGGGUUGGAAGAUUCAGAUGAUGGUUGUGGGAAUAACGUAUUUCAAACUGGUUACUUGUAUAUUGCCUAUAUAUGUUUGAAAGAAUUGUAAGUUGUUUCUUAGCAGGAAAAUUUGUACUGUCAUUUUAGUUAAAUUUUAAAGUAUCAAGGGUUCCCUGGUA